AGCCAAUACAGUAGGUGGCGCCAUGCACCGAUAAUACUUGUUUGCGGACCGCCGUAAUACCCCAGAAGAAGCAGUUGCUGAUGAUCCAGAGGUCUACGGAGAAUAAUCGUGUUUUUGUUGGAAUGGUUCGUUCAAAAUGUCGGAGUGACGACACCAUCACAAGACGAGAAGGAAUGCUCAGCAGCAGCUCCAGAAGGCAGAGUGGCGAUACGCCUUUGAAGUCAGGUUUCACAAGAGGCAAACUGAAGCGACUCUUCCCUAAACCCCUCUGCGCACGGCCAAAAGGCCAUGUUCUGUCACCCAUAAAUGAGUCAACAUGCACUGAUCACAGAUCUGUCUCGUCAACUGCUCCCUGGAUGAACAGAAUACUGGAAUCAAAUGGAACUGAGAGCACAAUACAUUAUAGCACAGAAGACGGUUCAAAUUCACAAGUGGGUGUUUCCUCCCUCCUGUCGGAUUGUGAUGAGACUGACUCUGCUGACAUCUCCAGCGAUACUAGCUCCAGCAGUCUGCCUUCACCUGAGCAGUUCCGCAGAGAGAAAGUCUAUGAAGAGAUAGUGGCCUUCCCCAGUGAGGAGAUGUUGGACCUGAAUGUAAAGAACUCCACUCUCCUAGAUGUCAGCCAUGCUGAGGACAUCCACAUGCAGCAGCCUCCUAACCUGUCCUCCAUCAUUGACAUUUCCCAAAUGAAUGAUGAAAAAGAUCAGGAAAAAAGACGUUUAGCGCUACCCAUUAGAAGUACAUAUUCAGACAAGCUGUUCAAUGCCUAUGUGUCAGUUGAAAGCACACCCCUAGCUGGAGGAGUAACUGUGCCCUCAGUCCCCAAGAAAACACAAAGGCCAGUGACGAUUAGACCCAGGAAGAUCAAAUGCAGGAAGAGAGUCAAAUUUAGUGACUCUGUUACCACUGAGAAGAUGGUAGUGAACAAUGUGGAGCCUGUCAGUGACCACACGGUCAGUGAGAGGACCAGAGACACAGUAGACAACAGAGAGACUGCUGCCCCUGAAGUAGUCCCUCAAGUCCUGAAAAGACCCACACAUCACUCACCAGAGCAAGCCAAGUUCUUUGACUUUGCAGACGAGAAAGAAAGAAACACCUUCUUUCAAAAGUUGAGGAAGAGGUACUCCUCCGUGAGGAGUAUAUUCGCCAAUGUUGGUGGGCGUUCGACAGAUGCAUUUGAAGAUGAGGGUAAUGUUUGUUCAAAGAUAUAAGUACCCAGUAGUUAAAAGGCUGAACCAUCUGUGCAAAGUGUACCGCUUCCAGUCCUCCAGGAAGUAAAGCCACCACAACUUGUAAAAGCUGUCGUCAAUAACGGACACUUCUGAUCCCUAAAGGUUUUCACAUGGACAGACAGGUUGUUGUGGUUAAAUAAAAUAAAAAAUGAAAUUCUGUUGCUGUAAUAGAUAAUGUAGAUACAUAAUGUACAAUUAUUUUAAUUUAAUCAACAUAAUAAAUUGAUAAAAUUACA